UUGCCGGUCUGCGAGAGGUGCUGUGAGCGGCGUGGCGCGGUGGUGGCGGUGAGGCGAGUGGUGAGGAUUGGGUUUGAGGGAAUCGAAAGGCCUGUUUCGGCUCGGUUUUGUCACUUGGGAGUUUCUGGAGAAGAGUGGUCUUAUCCAGCUUAAUAGCGAAGUGUUGGGAGACCAGAAAGCCGUCCUUCCGAAAUGGCUAUCCCUCGCUUGGCGGCUAGGCUCCUAUGGACCCGAACCAGACAGAUCUCCGCGCUGCCGGCAGUAGCUGCGUUGCGAGUUCAGCGUCCGGUCACGUUUCCACAGGUGCUGUUCGCCCAGCAGCGCCACUGCUCGUCCGGCAAGAAGCCGCCCACGCCUCGAGGCCAGCCGUCCUCGUCCUCGUCGUCCUCGUCGUCCUCGUCGAGCGACUCGGACUCCUCUGAUGAGGAGGUGGACGGCAGGAAGCCCUAUGGGAAGCGGGUCAGUGUCGCAGGUGCACGGUAACCGUGCGGCACUGUG